UUUCUUUGUCAUAAGUCUGUGCCAAAGAGCUAAACUGAUUUCCUCUAAUGGUUGGAUGCCGCGGAGAGAUAUUAAAGAUACUUUUUGUACUUUUACUGCAAGCCCACUUUGGAACUUUAACAGAUGUGGACGACUUGGAGGUGGAAGACACAGCAGAUGGUUGUCCUCGUGACAGAUCUGAGGCUGUCGCUAAGGGCCGCACGUGCCUGCGAAAAUGCAAGAAUGACAACGACUGUAUCAGUUCCCGAAAACGAUGCCUUUGCGAUGGCCUUUGCGGUUGGAGCUGUGUCAGACCUGACUUGCAUUGUGAAGAGCUUUCCCCUCCAGAAUUCGGAACCGUCAAGGUGACCGGUGAGUGCUUCGGAACCAGAGCCAUUUACAGCUGCGAAGAAGGAUACUACUUGUCUGGUCCGAGGGAGAGGGUGUGCCAAGGCGACGCCAAAUGGAGCGGCCACAAACCGGAAUGCAAGGUGAAAGGAGUCUCCAUGUGUGGAUCUCCGCCACAAGUUCCCCAUGCACGGCACAGCGCACCCUUGGACAAAGAUGAUUUUCCUAUCGAAGCUGUGGUUCAGUACAAUUGCUUCCCUGGAUAUGAUCCAAAAGGAUUCCCAAAGGCCAAAUGCCUGCAAUACAAUGGAACAGCUCAAUGGUUUGGACCUGAUCUGCGAUGUAUACCAAGAAGCUGUGGGCCUUUGGGAAACAUAGAACAUGGAAGAAGAGAAGGAAACACUUUCACCUUCACCAGUAGAGUUACUUACCAUUGCGAUGUUGGCUUCGAACUGGUGGGCCGAGCUCACAGGUACUGCCAAUCCAAUGGACAGUGGAGCGCCGUGCUACCCUCCUGCAGACAAAUCGCGUCGAUUGAAUGCUCCAUUCCUGCGGACCCUCCCAAUGGAAGAGCAAUGUAUACUUCCGUUUCAUAUAACUCUGUUGUCAAGUAUGAAUGUCGAUACGGCUACAGACUCGUAGGACCGUCAACAAGAACAUGCAAUACGAGCAAACUGUGGGAGGGAGAUGAUCCUACAUGUGAAGAAAUCAAAUGUGAUGAUCCUGGGCCUUUUUACAACGGGUACUUCGAGGGUAGGAGCUACAGUCUUGGCUCAACUGUCAUUUUCCAUUGUUUCGAUGGCAUGAAAAUGGAGGGGAGCUCCGCAACGACGUGUAGAAAUGACGGAAACUGGUCCAAUCCUAUUCCAAAGUGCUUAGCCCCUUGUAUUGUGCCUGAAAUGGAGCAGGGAAAUUUUACGGAUUUUUCUCCGGGUGCACGAGUACUUCAUGGGGUAGAAAUCAACAUCACGUGCCUGGCCCGUUAUGACGUCAUCUACAAUGGACCGCCCGUGUCAUGCAACAACGGCACGUGGACCCAUGUUCCGUCUUGUGCUCCAGCGAGAUGCCGCCAGUUGCCUGAUAAACCGAAGCAUGGACUAGUUAUUGCACCUAAAACUGACCAUGGUAUGAAAGCCUUAUUUCUUUGCAAAGAUGGCUAUCAGCUAGUCGGAUCGAAUGUCACCGAGUGCCAUUACGGAGAAUGGAAAAACAAAACUCCGAUCUGCAAAGAGAUUUACUGUCCUUUUCCCGGAAUAUUAGAGCAUGGAAGAGUUCUUCUGGUCGGGUACAUGGGAAUGUAUGACUACAGACCAUACGUCAAGAAAGUUACAAAUAAUCGUCAGAUUAUGUACGAGUGCCAUCGCCAUUACACGUUAAAGGAUGGCCCACCUGGAGCCACCUGUGUGGACGGCCAGUGGAGUCCAAAACAGAUGCCUAGAUGUUUCAAAGAAUCCCACCCAGUGUUGACCACACAAAGAAGACGAAGAGAGCUUAUCCGAGCGCGGCUCAGGAGGGGCGGGAAAAGAAGACGGAGAGGAAAGAGAAUACGUAGCAAAGACCGAAAUAUGAGAGAAGCAUGCUCGUUGCAGGAAACGGAUUGGAUGGAGGUAGAAAUCGUGAAAAUGGGUCGUGGGAACGAAUCCAUGCCACAUGGAACCAUCAUCAACGUCACUUGCACAGCCGGAUAUCACCUGAACAUCGGCAACCGGACGGCCAAGUGCAUGCGAGGCAGAUGGAAGCCGAAGGAGCCAGAGUGCCUGACCUUACCGUGCCCUGUCCCAAUAACUACAAAUGGGGUGUACCAUCACUUCCAGCGAGCUGUUCCAGCCAAAGAGGGUAUGCCUCACGGAGAAGUUGUGACUCUCACUUGCCUUCCCGGAUUUCAGCUCACGGGCCCGGAUUCUCUCAGAUGUUGGUAUGGUGAAUGGGCGGUGGAAAGUUUCCCCGAGUGUGUACCAAAACCCUGUGAGCUUCCCAUCAUUCUCCAAGGGCAUUACCUGAGUGGUUACAGGUCUGGGCUUACUAUAUCUCAUGGUUCGUCUGUAGACUAUGACUGCAAACCUGAUUAUAAUAAAAUAACGGAGGAGCCAAUCCGGUGUUCAGAAGGGAGUCUGAGGCCUGUUCCUCCCUCUUGUCAACACCAUUCUAUAAAAUCCCUCACUUUUGUUUCACCAGACGGCGUGCAAGAGACGGACAUUCGAUAUCGUCAGCCGGACGGAGUGUCGGGAAACCCUUCUGUCAACAACCCUUCGGCAGCCGGAUACAGGCCCUGUGGGCCCCCAGAGAGACUACAAAACACAUUACUAUACCCGACGAGCAAACAGCGAGGGUCCGGCAUGUUGUCCGACGCAGACAACUCUUCCCCGACGGCAGAAGGAAACACUGCGAGAUGGUUCGCACACAACACCGAAAUACGAUUCAAUUGUAUAAGGGGGAUUUAUGGAGAGAAAACCACGUGGAAGAUUGUUUGCGAGGAUGGCAACUGGGUUGGAGGAGCGUAUAAGUGUGAGGCAGAGCCCGAUCCACCCCCAGACGAAGACCGUGCGAACAAAUCGUGCAUUUUCUACAACACCGAACCGAACCUCGUGGCCUUUUUAGACGACCAACUGAUUGAUGAGGAAGAAACGGAACAUCCACCCCACACCGAGCUAGUCUUCAGGUGUAAGGACAUUGGGAAGUACAGUCUGAUAGGAAGUGUGCGGAGACGGUGUGUACAAGGAGAUUGGGACGGCGUCAAGCCAACUUGCUAUGGAUUAUCUCAAGAGAAUGAUUAUGCUUUGGAAAAACCGCCAACAAUUCUGUUCAGGCACCAGUUAGGGCCAAUAGCUCAAAGCAACGAAGGCAAACUGAUAGUAUAUCCCGGGACAAUAUUACACCUGGAGUGUUUGUGGAUAAGAAAAUACGGAAUACCCCAUUGGCAAGUCAGUCAUUCAUAUAGAAAAUAUCCAGAAGGAUGGACGAACGAAGCCGGCCGAGACCCGCAGCUGGAGUACCGGCUGUCAAUAUAUCACGCCCAGAAGGAUGAUUCUGGGCGAUUUACUUGCAUAACUCCCAUGGGGCAUAGACACUCAGUUGACAUAAUCGUGGCAGCUGUUCAUUGUCCGAAGAUUCCAGCAACCCCUGGACUCCAUGUGAGCAAUCCAAGUACCAAGUUAGACACAAAAGUCGUCUUCUCGUGUCGAGAUGGACAAACACUUAUAGGCAGUGAUCAAGCCACUUGUCUUCCAUCAAGCAACUGGUCUUCAGAGCCUCCUGCUUGUCAAGUAACUGAAUGUCAAGAUCUCUCGAAUGUCACCUCGGAGUUUCUGCGAGCGGAGGUGAGCGGUCGAGCAGUGGGCGCAAGAGCCAUCUUCUCAUGUCCGUCAGGAUACGGCUUGAGAGGAGAAGAGACACUUCAGUGUUUAGAUACUGGACAGUGGUCAGCAGAUGUUCCUUUCUGCGAAGAGGUGAUUUGCGAGCGUCCCGAAAUACCGGAGAACGGGUCUUUACAAGGCAGCAAUAAAGAGAAGUAUCGAGGGGGCGAUGUAUUGCAGUUUGCUUGCAAUGAUAACUACAUGAUGGACGGAAAGGCCAUUAUCGUCUGCCAAGAAAGCAGCAGGUGGUCUGCUCCGGUGCCCAAGUGCAUUCUAGCUUGCCCAUUCCCCGGUGCGUCGACGGAAAUCACAAUCAAGAAGCCGCAGUUCUUCUAUCGCAUCAAUGAAACAGUAACAUUCGACUGCAACGACGGCCUAGAGCUGCGAGGAGCCAAAAUGCUGCGGUGUUUAGAAGGGGGUCGGUGGUCGAGCAGCAUUCCAAGUUGCCAAAAGAAAGGCUAAAAAGUAACGACCUACGGCAGGGAACUUCGUCUUCCACGAAUACGGACUGAACAAAACACGGUGCUUUUAGAUCAAGUAUUAUAUACAAGCUGUGGUAUCAAAAAAUUCAAGUCUUUUAUAAGAAAAAAGAAACUCCUCAUAUUUUAUUAAUGUGGGUCUUUUCCCAUGUUUAUCAAAAGAGCAAGUCACUGACAACUUCAAGAGCAAUGGACGUUGAGUUUAUCGUUGAAAGAUGAAGAGAAUUAGUAGGUAAUGCAAAAUUAAACCGAUAAGUAGUUUAACAUAUCUUUAUGUAUUUCAAAUCAAAAAAAUGAAGCUAAAAGUUACUAUUGAAAAGAAUGAAGUAAAACUGCCUUUUAGAACGCAUCCUAAGAAGCAUUGGAUGCUGAUGCAAGAAGUUGAAAACAUUUUUAUCUGUAAAUAUUGGAACGAUCAUCAAAUUUGUAAAAGUAUUAUUUCAAGAAAUAAUUGAGAUCAAAAUGUUUAAAAUUUAAGACGCGAUGCUAAUUUAAAUUGCAAUAAAUAAGAAAUUUUAUAUCCACUACAUUUUUAGGUAAAAAUAUUUGAUAGCAAGUAGUUUAUAAAUGAAAGAAUGUCGACUAAAUGGAAAUUUUUCAGUUUGAAUCGAAGUAGAACAUUCAGUGUGAUAAAUCGGGGCCAAUUAUCGAAUCUUUAGCAUCAGCAGAAACGUAACUUCCUUUUUAGCUGGAGAGAGUGGGUGUUACCAUUCCAUUGAUUUUAUUUUGAAAGAUAACUGUGGAACAAUGUAAGAGACGCAACUCUGUAAGUUGACUUUGAAACAAAACAAAUAUCCUGGUGAAGAAUCCACCAACAAGCAACUAUUACGUGCCUCUAACUCUUUGAAAUAGCAACCACAUUUCUAGUGGGCAGUCUGGAAUUUCUCCAAUAUUAGCAUCGUGGAUGUUUGUGGUUAGAGAAAUGAGUUCGAUUUACGCGGUUUUACCUGCAUUUAUGUUUAGUAAAAAGAGGAUAGUUUUACUAGCUGAGAAAAGUGUAUUUUCUUGUAUAUUGUUGUCAUUCAUUA